CCGCUUUAUCAUUCCUAUCCAUUCACUGUGGAAAUAGGAAUCAUUCCUCUGCCACAAGAAGAACGAACUCAAGAGCCGGUCGUCACCAGAGUUUGGACAACAGAAAGAUGGAGUGGAAGUUGUACCUCCUUUUCUUUGCCUUGUUCGUGGCUGCCACAUCUGCAGCGCCCACUUGUAAAUGCGAAGAUGAAGAUAAGGAAACUUUGUCCAAGUACAAAGUUAAAGUCAAAAAUGGUGACGAAGAGUAUGAACAAGAAGUCGAAAUCGACACCGAGAAACAGACGGAAACUUAUCACAUUCCAAAAACGAAAUCUUCCAGCGCAGGAGAAGUGGACGAAGUCUAUGACUUUAAAAGAAACUUGGUCAUGCGCCGAAUGCCUGAACACAAAGCCUGUUUCUUGAGUGAAUCCACUGAAAACGCUCCAAAGCCUCAAGACCUCAAAAAUGCACUUGACAAGCAAAGCGCAUCAGGUUCCUCACAAUCUGCUAAUACUACUGAGGACAACUUCGAAGUUGUUGGCACUGUGAAUGAUCGUUCCACUCUGAGUGAUGAAAUGGCUGCAAUGUGUGCCAAAUUUCCCAUUUAUCGCAUCAAGAGGAAGAAGGUCACUUUGAGUGUGGAAAAAGAAAACAUCCAAGGUGGUAAAGACAGGGAAAAGAGAAACCUCUGCAUCUACUGCUAUUGGAAAGUCACAGGUUACAUAUGGGUAACAAAAAGUGAUGGUACCGUCGUAAUUUACAGGGUUUGGACUUGGACAUGCAUUUACGUAUCUUGCAGCCGCUGAACGAAGACCAAUAGUCGUUUAAUGAGGCAACCUCCUGAUCCAGAAACCUCAGCCAAGAAAUAAAAAUUGAUAGGUCUUUUUCUGAUUCCCUAUUGAUUUCAUGUUACAAAAUGUGCUUAAAAAUCGCAGCUAGCAAAAAAACUUACCAAUUUACUUAUACUUAUGGUUUUUUUUUUUACAUUUUUUACAUUUCUACGUAGAGUUCACAUUUGUGCAAAAUCAAUAAAGAAUCUGAUGAAUCAAGUAA